AUGCAUCCAGAAUAUAGUGAUAUAAUUGUUGAUAAAAUAUUGGAGGAGGUGUUGGAUGGAUUGUCCCGUCUGCAGCAAUGGUUGACGUCGGAUCAGGGGGCUGGGGGAAGCAACUCAGGUCUCGUUUCCAAGGAGCAGAUUCUGGACUUCAUUCAGGGGGAGCUGGAUCGGAUGGACGACGGUCCUCCUCUGGGGAAUCUUUGCUCCUCCCAACGGCCGUCCGGUGCCUCGGUCCUUCCCACUCUGUCGGGAAGUAAUGCGCCGUUGCUUUCCCAGCUCGAUCGUUGCCAUAUUCGCCCUCGCGGAUCAAACGGUAGUUCGGGAGGAAGCGCAGAGGGUGGAUCGCGGCAUCGUCAGCAGAAUCCCCAGCAACUGCACCACUCCAGGCAACACCAACAGCAGCAGCACCAACAGCAGCAGCAGCAGCAGCAGCAGCAGCCUCCUGGGCAACCGGCCUUUGCGCAGUCUCAGCCUGUUCAUCAAGUGCAACAAGCACAACCUUCUGUUGAGCUUCCAGCUACAAAUGCUCGUGCAUCCGUGAAUCUAACCAGCAGCACUGGCCCUGCUCCUUCUGCUGUGCCGUUGCCUUCCAAUUCCUCUCCUCUGAAAAAUCCCCCUGCUCAGAACAUUCCCCCGGGUCUACGACAUGUGCAGCUGUCCAGUGGUCCUCCUCAGCCUGGGUAUCACAAUCCCGAGCCACUAGUGUUGCGAGCAGCAGCUUCGCGCAUGGGAGAAGAUCACUCUGCCGCACAGUCGCCCUCCUCCACUCCGCGCGGGUCCACAGCAGCACCCGCCAGAGCCUCUUCGCCGUACUCCCACUCGCCGGGUCUCGUCGCGCCUGCCUUCUCCCAGGAGCACCUGCCAUGGAUCAUGAAGUCAGCGCAUGAGAAGCCAUACGAGGAGGAGCUCAAGAAGCGCAUACUCGCCCUCUCACAGAGGCCAGAGGAGUUCCUAUACGGCGAGUUGGACCCAUCGCUGCUCAUUGACAUGCGCCAAGCCACCCUCAUGGCUGCGUCUGUGCUGCAGGUGGAUGAGGAGCUGAGGCAGCUGCGGCUGCGGUUUGUGCCUCGGGUGAUGAAGGAGCAGGAGUUUUGGCGGCGCUACUUCGUUGCUGUCAAGGCCGUCAAGCACCAAGUCCUCACGCAAUCUCUGCUGCACCCGCAGCCGGAGCAGCCGCAGCAGGCGCCGCCGGAGAGUCAGCAGCAGCAGCAUCAGCAGCAGAGGGGGAUUAAUGGGAGUGCCCCAUCGACCAAGUCACUCAUUUCAUCGUUCUCUACCAUGACCAACGCUGCUGCUGCUGGUGCUGUUGCACGGGAGGAGUCAAUGGACGAUGGGGACAUGGAGGAUGCUUUCCUGCCCAUCUCCGUGCCCUCCUCUGUCACCAUUCGCCGCCUCGCCCAGGCUCUCAACAUGGCGCGUGCGUUCGCAACAGUGGAGGACAUGGCAUGUGAGGGCAGCAGUGACGACUCGCCAGAGGCACGCAGCAGCAGCGGCGGGGCACGAGGGGCCCCAGGCAGAGGGUCCAUGGUGGGAGGGGGAGCCGGCAUGGGUGGCGGCGCCGGCAGUGGCAUGAGCGGAGGGGGCAGAGGAGGAGGAGAUGACGAAUACGGUGCUAAUGGUGGUGGUGUUGCUGGUGGUGGAGCAGGGGCGAGUGGCAGUGACCGGUGGUCUUCUCUUGUAUUACAGACUGUGGAGGCAGGCUUUGCCGCAGCGCUCAGUCUCGCUCCUAAGGGGUCCGGCACAGGAGCACACAGCGGGAUGGCUGGGAGUGAAUGCUCAGGGGGAGGGCGCACAGGAGGAGGGGGAGGUGGUGGUGGUGGUGGGGGUGCAGGAGCUGCUGGUGGUGGUACUGGUGGGAGUCCCAGCCUUGCUCGCACGUUUAGCUUUACUGGAGGAGGAGGGGGUGGUGGUGGUGGUGGUGGGGGAGGUGGCAGGCGCAGGCACAGCCGCACUCGCACGCUGGCGUUUAACCCUGGAGAGUACAGUGCACUGCUGUGGUCGCUCUUUGACCUUGAGGACGAGGCAUGGGAGAAUUCAGAGAGUCUGGAGCCUCUGUCUCUCGGCCAAACCACCAGCGCCAGCAUGAGUAGCAGCAGCAGCCUCACAGGCCACAAGCAGGCAGGCGCCACGGGGCGAUCAGAGCCGUCCAUUGUGCACGAAAUCCACGGCGCGCCACCGAGUGGGUUUGUGGCUCAGCUGGCGGAGACGAUGGCGGGGAUCUCUUCAGACUCUAAGAUGGCUGGAUUCUGGAUGCAGAUCGUCAUGGAGCUGCGGCGGCGGUGGGCAGCGAGGCGGUUCAUCCCGCGGGUGCCGCAGGACAGCGAUCCGGACCUGCACACGUGCCUGCUGCACCAGCACCUGCACCUCCUCAACUGCUGCACCGCCCGCCGCCUGCGCCGCUCGCACCAACUCGCCCAUGGAAGCCCCUCCAGCGCUGCUCCUGCUGGGAGUGUUUAUGGGAGUGUCGCUGGGAGCGGAUAUGCGGGAGGGAAUGCGUUUGGGAGUGUGGUGGCUGAGGGCUGUGAAGGGAGGGAAGCGGGUGAGGGUUCUGUCGGGAGGGGUGGAAGAGGCGAGGAAGAAGAGAGUGGGUUGAGAGAAGUGGAAGGGGGAGCAGCUGGCUUGUGCAUGGUGGGAGGGGUGAGGAGGAGAGGGGUGCUGCGCCGGGUGCCAGGGCUGGACCUUCUAGACACGGGGGAGCCUCUCUGCGCACCCAUCACCCAGGAGGGACCACUGUUGACAGAAGUCACUCUGAGAGAGCAAGAGGAGCUCAUCAUGAGGACCGGCAGUGUGGGCACGGGCUGUCAGCAGCUUUUCUCAGACAUGCAGGCCUUCAAGGCAGCGAACCCUGGGUGCAUCUUGGAGGAUUUUGUACGAUGGUACUCGCCGCCCGACUGGAGCAUGCUGCCGCCUACGCCGCCCGACAGUGAGGCCGGCGGUGUGGGUGGCGGGGAUGGAAGUGACAGGGAGGUUCGAGAAGGGGGAGGGGAGGAGAGAGAUAAGGGAGACGGAGGGAAGGGAGGAACGGGAGCAGCAGCAGGAAGUGGAGUGGUGGAGGGGAGACGGAAGCAUGGGUAUCUGAGCGUGAGGAUGACAACACAAGGCAAUCUGUGGCAGGAGCUAUGGAACGCAGCGCGGCCCAUCCCUGCUAUUCUGCAGCCACCACUCUUUGACGAGGAGCUCGCAGGGGAGAGUACACUGGAUGCACUGGAGAACAUCGCCCCUUCGGAUCUCUUUGAACAGCUUUUCAUUGCUGCGCUCUCAGCAGGGUUCGGCCUGGCGCAAACGGCCCUAGCGGGGUCUAGACGAGAGGCGGUGUGUUUCAACGUGCAAGAGUGUGCGUCCUAUGUGGCUGCCACAUGCACGCGAGGCAUGAGCUCUGCUAAGAUCGAUCGUCUCUGCCAGGUAUACGAGCACAUGGAGACAGCUAUCCUUUCGUACAACGAUCCCUCCUCCCCCUCGCCUUCCCCUGGGUCCACCGCCUCAUCGGACGUCACAACACCAGAAGCCCAUCCGCACACGGCGGGAAUGGCUGCCAGUGCAGGUGCAAGCAGUGGCGGCGAUCCUGAUGGGGACAGCUUUACCACGCCUCCCCGCCCCCUGUCUCUGCUCUUCUCCCAGUCCCCUGCAAAGACUGGGUCUGGGGGAGGCAUGUUGAGUGGAUGGUUCCCCUCGAGAAGUGGCCGCUUUGAAAUGGGGCGAGAGGAUGAUGGUGCUGACUGA